AUGGCACCUAUAACUUACUUGGGAUCGUCGACGAACUCAGCCUUCCUUAGUCGUCGUCGAUUAAGCUGCUGUAGGAACAAUCGCCGUAAGAACAGCGCAGCGCUGUCGCUAAAACAUGCUCCUUCGCUAAUUCCCAACGCGGUUCACGCCAACGGCGACUUUAAAUACCGGGGAGCGAAGGCGGCUGGCGGGAACGGAGUAUCGGCGUAUAAAGCGGGUCCGCUUCAAGAGGCCCCCGUUCCGUUAACUCUCCUGCCAGACAAUCCGUUCGGCGCGAAAUGCCUCGACGGCAGUCCCCCCGGGUACUACCUGCGGCGCGCGCGCCCGUCGCAGAGCCGCUUCUGGCACAUCCACCUGCCGGGCGGCGGGUGGUGCACCACCGAGGCGACCUGCGCGUGGCGCGCGGGGAGAAAGUUCGGGUCGUCGCGCCUGUGGCCCAGGGCAAUGAUUUCCGCAUGGCUGCCGGGCAUCAUGAGUGCAGACCCGGAUGUGAACCCCGGGUUCGGCGAGUGGAACAUGGCGAUGGCUGUGUACUGCGAUGGGGGCGGGUAUGUGGGGCGACGGGGCGAGGUGACUACAGCGGACAACACAACGCUCCACAUGGAUGGAUGGAAGAUUGUCAUGGCCAUUCUCGAUGACCUCUCAUCUAAAGGGCUCAUGGCAGCUCAGCAGGUGCUAAUAACGGGAGAGUCAGCCGGGGGGCAGGCAGUCGUGAACCUGUGUGACUAUAUCGCAGCCUACCUCUCCUUCGCCACGGUCAAAUGCCUCUCUGACGGGGGCUUCUUUAUUGACGCGCCUGACAGGAGGGGGCGUUCCUUCUUCCGAGAGAUUGCAGAGAAUGCGACACAGUUACACCAGAUGUUCAACCCCAAGUGCAACCAGGAUCUUCCUAGUCAAGCCCAGUGGCGCUGCUUCUUCCCACAGUACUCGCUCGCCUGCCCUGGGGCCAUGAGCACGCCAAGGAGUGUCUGUUUAGUCUCCGAUGGGGUGCAUCAGGUGGGGGAGGAGGGGGCUUGA